UACAUAGCCUUUAUACUUUUGAGACAUUGUACAAAAAAUUAUAUAUAUAAAUAUAUUUUUCCUAUAUUGGAAUGGAAGUGAUAAUAAAUAUAUGCCAUUUUAAAAAAUUCAUCAUUUUAUAUUUCCUAAAAAUAAGCUAUUGCUAAAUAUCUGCCUUAUUUAUUAUUAUGUAAAAAAACUUCUUAGAACAAAGUGACAGUAUUUCAAGGUAAUCACCAUUUUUUUAAAUAGAAUCCUAUGUUUAUUUUUCGAUAUCCUUGUGAAACAUGAAAGAACAAAUUCAAUGAUCACAUUGUUUAAUCCCUUAUUGUUCAAUACCUUAAUAAUCAUAUUGUUUCCAUCAUUCAAUCUUAAGAUAUUUGCGACUGAAGUGUACAUGUGCAAUAUUUAAUUAUGUUCAAUCGAUAGGUGGCAAAAUUAAAAAAUCCAAAUUAUUCGGUUGCUAGGCACAAUUUUUCAAUUUUUAAAGGCUCAAAUGAAAGUUUAGUACAGGAAGAGAAAGAAUUAAUGAAUUAAUAUAAUAAUAAUUAAUUAGAAUAAGGAAUUAAUGAAGAUUAGUUUCAUAUGAAUAUUGUCUCCCCAGUUUUUUAGUUAUAAGCAAGUUUUAACAAUCGUUCAAUCCAUGGACAACGAAAUAUUAUAUAACGUAAUACAUUACAUCGUAAUACAUUAUAACGUAAGUCUAUGUAACGUAAAAUAAUAUGACGUAAUACUAUAUAACGUAAUACAUUAUAACGUAAUAUAAUAUAACAUAAUACUACAUAACGUAAUACAUUACAUCGUAAUACAUUAUAACGUAAUACAUUAUAAUGUAAUAUGAUAUAACGUUUUAUGAUAUAACGUAAUACAAUAUGAAUGAGGUGUAGAACGUGAAAGGUGCCUAAUGAAUACUCGGCGCUUUGUUUAACAGUUUGUUUAUUUGAUUUACUAGCGAAUUCACAACUCUCGACUCGCGACUCCUACUGACGACUGCCACUCACACUGCUCUGUUGAUCCACUUGCUUUCCUUCGUCAUCUUUCGAUAUCCCCACUAUGCCCGUUUUUAUAUCCGUCCGCGAUCAUGGUAACAUACGCCUUCUGCCCAGUAUUUGUACGAAGGGCAAAACGUAAUAUAACGUAAUAUAAAAUAUCGUAAUACAAUAUAACGUAAGACAAUGUAACGUAAUAUUAUAUAACGUAACACAAUGUAACGUAGUACUAUAUAACGUAAUACAUUAUAACGUAACACAAUGUAACGUAAUAUUAUAUAACGUAAUAAUAACGUAAUAACGCGCAACUAUUCUUUAUAUAUAUUUCGAAAUGAACAAAGCGCGGAAUUUCUUUAUCAGAAAUUUAAAAAAUUAUAUUUCUCGGUCUAUAAGGCGAAUUCUUGAACUAUUCAGGAAUUAAAUUGAAGCUGAAAUUCUCAGAAAUUAUCUCUGUAGAAUUACAUGAAAUUAGUGCAGUGCUCUACUUUGUGUACGGUGGUGCAGUCUACCAGUGAAUCAAUGAUUAGAAGAAUACAUGGAAUCAAAAUGGCACGUAGACGUAAAAGUGAAAUGAAAUCAUCCGUAAAAACAUCACUUAAAUAUGUACCUGUUCGAAAAUCUAGUAGACAAAUAGCCAAAAAGCAAUUAGAAGAAAAAAAGAUUAAUGGAGAUGUUUUACAAAUAUCUUACUCAAACGACUCAGAAGAUAAUAAAAGUACCACAGAAUACCAAACCCAAGUACUUUCAAAAAAGAAUCAAAAUUCUUUAAGGAAGCAUAACAAGCAUAAGAACAUUUCUAAUAGUAAUGUACUUGCAAUUAAUGAAGAAUGUUCAUAUUCCACAACAUCUCAGUAUAAAAAAGAUGCUAGUGAAAGUGAUAGUCAAGAUGGAAUAGACAUUAUAGUUGAUCAAUCUAAUAAACUUAGUCCUGAAGAUGUUCAACAAGUAGUUGUUGGUAAUCCGAAUAAAGAAAUUGUAACUGAAUCUGAUUCUGCUGAAAUCGAAAUAUGGCCAGAAGAUGUAAUAGAAGAAACUGUAAUAUGCGAAGAGAUGGAGGUUAAAGAAGAACUUAAGGAUAGUGGUUGCAGCUUAAAACAAAAUGACAAUGUAAUUGUAAAAGAAGUAUUAGUUGUGAACACUCCCUCUUUAGAAACAAAAAAUUUUGUAGAAUACACUGUGAUACAAAAUGAGAAUGGCAUGGAAUCCAUGUUAGUAGAAUCUGAUUCAAGAAAUACACCUAAUAAUGAACGUUAUUGCAAUGCGCAAAGUGAUGUGUGUAAUUUACAUAAAACGGGGAAUUCCAUGCCAGCCUUAUGUAUAGAUGUGCCAAUGAUUUCUAAUGAUAGAAAUAAUAAAUCAACUAAUUUAGAAAAAUCAUAUACUCAUAGUAAGGAUAUAAUUAAUGAUCAAGGAGACCCAUAUGGAAAUAAAGAUGCAUAUACAAAAAAGUUGCAAGAAACUUUAUCUAAAGAUGAUGUGUUCUAUAAGAUAGAUAACAAAUUAGCAGAUAUGCAAAUUAGUGAACCUUCAAAAGAAAUACAAAAAUUAGUUAAUGAUUUAUCCAAUACAGAAAACAUAAUGUCUCCAUUACAAAUUGCUGGAAACACAGAGAAGGUGAUACCAAUGAGUGUUGAUGAAGAAAGCAGUUCCUCAAUACUAGAUAAAAUGGAACAACUGCAUCAAUCAAAUAACUCUGCUAUAUUGGUUGAUAUUAUAGAGAAAAGUAUUACAGAGUUAGAUGCAAGAAAUAAUGAUUCUUGCAAUGAUAAGAUGGACUGUACAAAUCAGCAUUUACUAAAAUCAAAGGUAUUAUCAGAUAAAAAAAAUGGAAAUCAACGUAAAACAGUACAUUUGCAACAAGUUAAUGAGGAAUUGUAUGGUGAUAGUGAAGUGGAUAGCAAAAUUGAUGGGGAAGAUACAAAACUAUCUAGUAGCAGUGAUAAUAGUAAUGAUACACUAUUAUCUAUGAGUAACUGUAAAUUAACAGAAUUUGAUACAAAAUGUAAUAAUAAUUCAAAUGAUAUUGAUAAAAAGGUUGAGUUUAGAAGCAGAAGUGGUAGCACUGACACAACAGGUUCAGAAAGUGGAUCAAAUAGUUCUGGUGUAAGGAGGAGUAGUAGAAUUAGGUCAAUUGGUUUAAUGAAACAAAGAUCACGAGGACGUGGUUUAGUUAUGAAACCUAAUGUAGAUAUUUCAAAAACAAGUGUUCAACAGGAACGAGAAAAAGUAGCUAAUAAUGUUGUUUCAAUUGCUCAAGAAAUAAAAAUGGAUAAUAUGUCUGAAUCACAAUUAGAUAAAGAAACUAAUAUCAGUAAAACAGUAAAUACAUUUGAGUCUCUUACAUUGCUAGCAACAACUUGUAAUACUACAGGCUACGAUUCAGAUUCCUCUAAACCUGUUAAAGUAAAAUCUCGUUGGCGAAGAUCAAGUGAACUUGAAAUGGGUGGAUCAAAUACAGGGACUGUAUCUACAUCAGCAAUUGGAUCUGUAUUUGGAAAUAUAAUUGCAAAUAUAUCUGAAUCUGGAUCAUGUUCAACUGUUAAAACCACAAGUGGAUCUUUAACAGAUAUUAAUUCUUCAGAUUCUCCAUCUGGAUCAGCAACAAUUACAAAUUUUCAAUCUAAUACAGAGACAGAACAAACAAAAGAGGUAUCGACAUCAGUUAACAAUAAUAAUAUUGUGCAAAUUCCAAAAACUGUGGGUGCAAGAAUUUUAUUACCUAUGGUUCCUGAAAUAAAAGACAGAGAAAUGGAAGAAAGGCUAAGUCAGUUUGAAUAUUUGCGUGAAAAUUUAUAUUUGACAGAAAGAUACACAAAUAAAGAGACGAAGAGAAUGGUAUGUGAUUGCUUUUUAACAGAGGAAGAAAUUGAAAGAGGAGAACUAGGUUGUGGAGAAGACUGUCUAAAUAGACUUCUUAUGAUAGAGUGCGGCCCUCGAUGUGUAGUAGGUGAUCGUUGCACAAAUAGAAGAUUUCAAAACUGUGAAUAUGCAAAAUGUGAAGUAUUUAGAACAGAAAAAAAGGGGUUCGGAUUGCGAGCUAUGGUUGACUUGUUAGCAGGAGAAUUUAUAAUGGAAUAUGUAGGUGAAGUAGUUGAUCCAAAAGAUUUUCGACGUAGAGCAAAAGAAUAUUCAAAAGAUAAAAAUAAACAUUAUUAUUUUAUGGCAUUAAAAUCAGAUCAAAUCAUAGAUGCAACUCUGAAAGGAAAUGUUUCUCGAUUCAUAAAUCACAGUUGCGAUCCAAAUUCUGAAACUCAAAAAUGGACAGUGAAUGGUGAAUUGAGAAUUGGUUUUUUUAAUAAAAAAUUUAUAGCUGCUGGUGAAGAAAUUACAUUUGACUAUCAUUUUCAACGUUAUGGCAAAGAGGCACAAAAAUGUUUUUGUGAAGCACCCAAUUGUCGCGGUUGGAUCGGUGAAACGCCUGAGGAAGAAAAAGAAAAGAUUGAAAAGAAAGAAAAACGUGAGAAAGAUAUGAAGAAAAAGAAAGGUGAAAAGAAACAAACUGAUUAUAUGGAAGAUGAAGAUUUGGAGGAAGAAAUAGAUAAACUAUGCUCAGGUGGUUUGAAAAAUAGAGCCCAUACAUUGACAUUAAGUAGAUUAAUGGUACGUAGCAGAGAACUAGAACACAGAACACGGCUUUUACGCCUCAUACAAAGCGGAGAACAACCAUGUCGAAGAUUAUUUUUGGAUUAUCAUGGUUUACGUUUGAUUUGGAGUUACGUUAUGGAUAUUUCUACUAAUGAUUCUGAUGAAGCACAACAGUUUCGACUAGAAGUUUUGAAAACCCUAAAUACACUUCCGAUCCCCAACAAAACAAUGUUAAUGGAUAGUAAAAUUUAUAAUGUGGUAGAAAAAUGGUCAAGACGAUUGUAUUUUUCUUUGAGUGGAGAUUCUCCUGAAGAUGAUCAAGGAAAAUCAAAAUCAAAUAGUGAUGAAUUGCCAGUUAAUUAUGAUAGCAAUGAAAAAAGAAACUCUUAUCCAUUGACUGAUACAGAAAAACAAGAAAAUAAUAUUGAAAUUACUGACAUAAAAUCUGAUAACACAGAUCAAAAUCUUAUUCCUGAAUUAGCUUUGAGUCUUUUAGCUGAGUGGUCAAAUUUAAAAGAAGUUUUUCGUAUACCAAAAAAGGAAAGAAUUGAACAAAUGAAAGAACAUGAGAGAGAAGCAGAUCGUGGAUACAGAGAAGAAUUAGAAAAAGAUGAAAAAAGAGGAACGUCGUAUGACAGGCAUAGAUCUGAUAGAUAUGGGAGAAACGAAGUAGAGAAACGUGGGGAUAGAAGACGAGGACGAGAAUCUCCAGAAUCUGAACAUACUCGAACAAAAGAUAAGAGAAUAGAAGAAAGAAGUAGCUUAGUUCCAAUUCCGCGAAUGACGAAAUACGAGCGCAGACAAUUAUUUGCUUUAAAAGUAGCUAAAGAGGAAGAAGAACGACAGCGUCGUCAACAGCAAGAAUCGUGGCAAGAUCAUGAAACUAGAUGUUUGGCAUUAGGUAUAGAUCCUCAUACCACGGCUAUGGUAGACCCACAAACAGGAUAUCCUGUUUUUUACAAUCCAUCAAUUGGACAAUGGCAACAAUAUCCUACACAAGAUGGAGAAAUAAAUCAGCAAUGUACUUCAGUGUAUGUAGCUGGACCACAGGCAGUAUCUAGCCAUACUCAAUCCGGAAUGGUACCGCAAAGUUCACAUGUCCUAACAUCAUCAAUUUCUUCUGAAAUAUCACCUGGCAUGUCGAGUAACAUACCUUCAGGUGUACCUCCAGUGGUGUACACGUUAAGUCAAACGCCUGUAUAUAAUCAAAGCACAACAGCUUAUUCUUUACUGUCUCAUUGUCAUCAACAAUACCCCGAAGGCCAAUUGCCACUCUCGAAUAAUUUAGUUUCCAGCGGAACAUCGGUUCCGCUCCAAACCGAAUCUCUUUACGAACAUAUUGAAAAACAGUCAGAUCAACAAUUUUCUGCUACAUUCAGACAAUCGCAGCCUGAAGCACCUCCUAUAGAUUUACCACCCAAAUGGAAGAGUGCAACUGAUAGUAGAGGCAGAACAUAUUAUUAUCAUGUAAAAGAACGAAUAUCGCAGUGGUUGCCUCCUCCACCAGAUCAUAUUGGAGUUCAACCAGAUUCGUCAUCGACUUCAGAAUCUAGUGAAGAAUCUAGUUCAUCCAACGAAGAAGAUGAAGAAAUUGACGAAGACAAUAACGAAGAAUCGAGAAACGAAGAGUUAAGCUUAAAUAACACUUUGAUAGAAAAAUCGUUAAAUGGUUCUAAGCAUAAUGUACCUAAAAAAAGUGCGGCUCAUAAUAUAAGCGGAUGUUCAGGUCUUUUUCCGGAAGGCAAGAAAAGAAGAGAGGGUUUAGUUCAAGAACGAAUUAUUAGCCCACGUCGAGAAGAAGACCGUAUGGAUCACAAAACGCACAAAGGAAUAAAGGAGAAAUUACGACGUCAAAAAGAAAGAGCCAAGUUUAAAGAACACGUUGAAAAAAUACGAAGACAUCGCCGUAGUAACAAAUCUAAAUCUCAUUCACGACACAGUUUAAAUAAAUUGCAACUAUCGUCGUCUGAUUUAUCCACAAUGUCAGAGAGAAAGAUUAAAGAUACUUUUAGGAUAAAUAUGGCGAAUGUCAUGGUACAUUUUUUGAAUCCGUAUAGGAAAAACGAUUGUAAACAAGGUAGAAUAACAAAUACGGAAGAUUUUAAACAUCUCGCUAGAAAGCUUACACAUUUUGUACUUGCAAAAGAAUUAAAACACUGUAAAAGUGUUGAUGAAUUACAAUGUAAUGAAAAUGUUAAACACAAAGCUAAAGAUUUUGUACGUAAGUAUAUGAGUAAAUUUGGCGCAGUUUAUCAGAAAAGCACUGAUGAAGAUUAAUUAUGUAACUUAUGACAUGAAAUUGUUAUUUAUUAUACGAAUCCUUCACUUUGAACAUUGUAAUAUAUCUACUAAAAAAAAUAUAUCUAAGUAAUGCCUGUAUGUAGAUAUAUAUAUCUGUAAUUAUCAUUAUUGUAAUAUAGAUGAAUUUGUACAUGCUUCAUAAACAUUCUGGUAAUUUAGUCAUUAAGAAAUUAGCAAAUUUCUAAUUUCGUACAUUCAAUGUAUAAACUUUAUAUUUUCAUUUGGUAGAUAAUAAUAUGUAUGUUAUAUCUUUAAAAAAAAAAUGCAUUUUAUGUCCUGCUAUAAUGUACAUCUUGCAUAAUUAUAUUAAGUAUUGAUUUUGCCUUUUAUUAUCAAUUUUAAAAGAUGACAUUAAAUAUUG